AUUCUCCUCCCCGCCGCGCAGCAAAGCAGCUCCUCCUCAUCUCCGCCCCGCCGGCUUCGGGCGCGGGGGGACGUCAGCGCUGCCAGCGUGGAAACAGCGGUGGGGCGCGGGAGGCGGAAGUAGCGCCCGGGACCGCCGGGCCUCCAUCGGGCUCCGCCGGCCGCCUCAGCCAUGGACGCGCCCCUGGAGAAGAUAGCAGACCCUACACUAGCUGAAAUGGGAAAGAACUUGAAGGAGGCCAUGAAGAUGCUAGAGGACGGUCAGAGGAGAUCAGAGGAGGAGAAUGGAAAGAAGCUCAUGUCAGGGGAUAUUCCGGGGCCACUGCAAGGCAGUGGACAGGACAUGGUGAGCAUCCUCCAGCUGGUUCAGAAUCUGAUGCACGGUGAUGAAGAGGAGGAGCCCCCCAGUACCCGAGUCCAGGAUAUUGGAGAGCAAGGUCAUAUAGCUUUGUUGGGGCACAGUCUGGGAGCUUACAUUUCAACUCUGGACAAAGAGAAGCUGAGAAAACUUACAACUAGGAUACUUUCCGACACUACUUUGUGGCUAUGCAGAAUUUUCAGGUAUGAAAAUGGCUGUGCGUAUUUCCACGAAGAAGAAAGAGAAGGACUUGCAAGGAUCUGCAGGCUUGCCAUUCAUUCUCGCUAUGAAGACUUCGUAGUGGAUGGGUUCAAUGUGUUAUAUAACAAAAAACCUGUUAUAUACCUUAGUGCUGCUGCUAGGCCUGGCCUGGGCCAGUACCUUUGUAAUCAGCUUGGCUUGCCUUUCCCCUGCUUGUGUCGAGUGCCCUGUAACACUAUGUUUGGAUCCCAGCAUCAGAUGGAUGUUGCCUUCCUGGAGAAACUGAUUAAAGAUGAUAUAGAACGAGGAAGACUACCCCUGUUGCUUGUUGCAAAUGCUGGAACUGCAGCAGUCGGGCACACAGAUAAGAUCGGGCGUUUGAAAGAGCUCUGUGAGCAGUACGGCAUAUGGCUCCACGUGGAGGGUGUGAAUCUGGCAACGUUGGCUCUAGGUUAUGUCUCCUCGUCAGUGCUGGCUGCAACCAAAUGCGAUAGCAUGACAUUGACCCCAGGCCCGUGGCUGGGUUUGCCAGCCGUUCCUGCCGUUACCCUUUAUAAGCAUGACGAUCCUGCCCUGACUUUAGUUGCCGGUCUUACAUCAAAUAAACCAGCAGACAAACUCCGGGCCCUGCCACUCUGGUUGUCUUUACAGUACUUGGGACUUGAUGGGAUUGUGGAGAGAAUUAAGCAUGCCUGUCAGCUGAGUCAACGAUUGCAAGAAAGUUUGAAGAAAGUGGAUCACAUCAAAAUUUUGGUGGAAGAUGAGCUUAGUUCUCCAGUAGUGGUAUUCAGAUUUUUCCAGGAAUUACCAGGCUCAGAUCCAGGUCCUAACACCGUCCCAGCACCCAGCGUGGCCCCUUCGGCAGUCGGCCGGGAGAGGCACUCCUGUGACGCUCUGAACCGCUGGCUGGGAGAGCAGUUGAAGCAGCUGGUGCCUGCGAGCGGCCUCACGGUCAUGGACCUGGAGGUCGAGGGCACAUGCGUGCGGUUCAGCCCCCUGAUGACAGCGGCAGCUUUAGGCACCCGGGCAGAGGACGUGGACCAGCUGGUGGCCUGCAUCCAUGCCAAGCUGCCGCUCCUGACCUGUACGCUGCAGCUGCGAGAGGAGUUCAAGCAGGAGGUGGCGGGCACGGCGGGCCUCUUAUAUGUUGAUGACCCCAACUGGCCGGGAAUAGGGGUGGUCAGGUAUGAACACGCAAAUGAUGAUAAGAACAGUUUGAAAUUAGAUCCAGAAGGGGAGAAAAUCCAUGCUGGACUCCUGAAAAAGCUCAAUGAACUGGAAUCUGACCUUACAUUUAAAAUGGGCCCCGAGUAUAAGAGCAUGAAGAGCUGCGUUUACAUCGGCAUGGCCAGCGACGACGUGGACGUUUCUGAGCUAGUGGAGACCAUCGCCGCCACAGCCCGAGAAAUCGAGGAAAACUCGAGGCUUCUGGAAAACAUGACUGAAGUGGUUCGGAAGGGAAUUCAGGAAGCUCAGGUUCAACUGCAGAAGGCAAAUGAGGAGCGGCUUCUGGAAGAGGGGGUGUUGCGGCAGAUCCCUGUGGUCGGGUCCGUGCUGAACUGGUUUUCUCCGGUACAAGCUUCACAAAAGGGAAGGACCUUUAACCUGACGGCAGGCUCCCUGGAGUCCACGGAACACACUUACGUCUACAAAGUACAAGGCUCGGGAGUGACACCGCCUCAGACCCCGUCAGCUGUACGCACCAGGCAGAGACUCCCAGGCCAAAAGCCUUUUAAAAGGUCCCUGAGAGGUUCGGAUGCUGUGAGUGAGACCAGCUCGGUCAGUCACAUUGACGACUUGGAGAAGAUGGAGCACCUGUCAGGCGGGCAGGACGCCCCAGAGGCUGACAGCCCAGAGCAGCACCCUGGGCCCCCCGCUGCGGAGGCCGAGCAGCCCGGGGCCCUCCAGGACGGGGCCCAGCGCCCGGACGAUGGCCGCCCACAGAUGAUUGAACAAGGUCUUCCCUGUUUAUUGGUGCAAUGAAGUUUAGCAGAUAAAAUGGGGGAGGGGAAAUUAUCACCUUUAACAAGAUUAAUUUUUAAAUGUUUUUAUAUACUUGGAAUUGUUAACUUGGUUUUGCUGAAAAAGAAUUUCACCCUUGAGACACUAUUUGAAUGUUGGUUUCAAUAAAGGUUCUUGAAAUUGUUA